UGCACUUGCAGUGAGAGGAGGGGAAAGCAGCGCUCCAGCGAAACAACCUCGGUCUGGCCAAAUGCGAAUGAAGAAAAUGGCGAUCAUGCAGGACGAAUGCCUCCCUUCGUAGAUGCUGCAAACGCGUUCAAAAGUCUUUUAGCCUUACAGCCAGCUUUCGAUUCCGCUCUGUUGCACUUUAUACUUCAAAGAGAGAUUUGGAAUUGAAAGCUGUUGCCACCAAAGAAACUAAAGCAUCUUAACAGGAAGCUCACCUUUAGAGGGACGGACUGUGCAUGGAAGACGUGUGUGUGUCACGCAGACGGACGAGACACCAGACCUGACAAAAGUGCCAGAGCAUACAAAGUCCAGAGAGCCCUGAACUGGAAGCCCACAGCCCUGUUGCACUCCUGACACCUCAGCACACACAAACAUUUACACAGGGUUUGGUGGAAGUUGUGAGCGAUGCCAAGGAGGCCUGACCAGCCCGCUGCCUGCUCUGCCCAGCUGUGCCCGUUCUCCACAGAGCCCUAAGACCGGCUCCUUAUACAGACACCUUUACCUCCUGGUUCUACCCCAUACAGGGGCGAGCGCUCGACCAGCACGGAGUCACAUUUACAAACCACACUCACAGACAUGGCUCCCAUACGGGACUCCGUCAGCCACUCUCCUAAUCAAACAGGGUUGGAGCAUCCAGGCUUGGACUCGCAGUAUGAGCCUUCUCCCUGGUCCUCUGGCUCUCCUUGCAGCACUGACAGCAACACCAACUGGAGCAAAGUCCUAGUGGACGGGAGUAUUGAUAAAGCCAACAGCUCGUCUGACUGGCCUCCCUCUUCCUCCUCAUUUUCUUGCUCCUCUUCGUCCUCCUCUUCUGGAUGUGGAUCGGGGUCAGAUCCGGAGCUGGCGUCAGAAUGCAUGGAUGCAGACUGUAGUUCAUCAGUGGGCUCAGAUAAAUGUGCUGAUUCUGUGGCCACAGUGAAGAUGAUGUCAGCAAACACUUCCUCUUCUGUGGUGUGUACUAGCUCUGCUCCUCACCCCUCCUCUGGGACGUCUACCAUGAUGAUCAGCGCCUCAGUCAAUGGGGAUGCCAAUGGAAACAAGCUGGCAUCCAUUAUUGGUGGAAGCAGUGCAAAUGAUACCAUAACCAAUAGUAUUGGCAGCAAUAAUCUGGGUAACCACAACAAGCUUCUCAAUAAUAGUGGUGUAUGGGGCAGUCAAUCAGACAGUAAUCUAAUCACAGGUGGAAGUGCCCCAUGCAUCAAUGGGGGGUUAAACCCACAUGUGAUGAAAAUCAAUGCCAAUCACGGUGCCUGGCCUCAGGGUCGAGCCUCAAGCCCUGCAUCACAGGACCAGCGCCCCCCUCAGGCUCCAGGAAUCACUUCCAAGCAAAGUAUUGCUCCUCAACAAGGCCCUGUGCUAGGAUGGGGUGGCAUGGCAGCUCCAGGCAACAAGAUUGAAGAUACUGAGACAAAUAAUGGUACAGCAAGCACCAAGGUGUUAGGCAGCAGUAGUGGAAAUGGUGGUCAGUCUGCCAACCUUAACACUGAAUCAAAUGGACCAAAUAACACUAUUAAGAUGAAUACUACUACUACUACUACAACUACUAACACCAUAAUGACCUCUACUCAACCAAACUCUAUUACAUCUUCCCAGUUUAUGGGGGAUUGUUCCUGGGGUACCAUUGGAGUCGGAACUGGGGCUCCGCUGGCCAAUGGAAACCUCUCAUCAGCCCCCCCGCCAACCCAAGCAGACCUGGGUGGUAAGGGGGCCUUUGGUACGCCUUGGGGUGCAUCUACUUACCCUGGAGACAAGGGCCCCCAAAAUGUAGACACUGUGAACCUCCAAAAUCCCGCCUUAAUGCAGGCUGGAAACCCUCAAAUCUCCUCUGCUGCUUUUAAGAGUAAUAAUAACCACAAUAACACUGGGGCCCCACGCUGGGACCAGGGACCUUCCAGUAACCCAGCCAACUCUCACAGUACCAUGUCCUGGACUGGAGGAUCAGCUGAGCACCCGGGGUCUAUAGGCCAAUCAGGAAGUGGAAACCAAAGUACAAUGGGCCCACCCACUGGCAUGCCCCGCCCCUGGGGAAGCAGUGCAUCAUCCUCUUCCUCUUGCUCCUCUUCUUCUUCCAUGUCGAAGAUGUCCCACGGAGAGUGGGGCUCUGCAACUCCAUCCAACCCUCCCUCUGACAACCAGAAAGGAAACUCCAGCAAUGGCUGGAAAAGCCUGGAAGACGAUGCGAUGGGCAUGGGAAAUGCAGCAGGGGGACAUGGCUUAGGAGCUGGCACUGGAGGGUGGGGGCGCUCCGGUGGCAGUGAAGGAAGUGGGGAGAGCUCUGGAGGCAGGUCAAGUUCUGACAGAGAUAACAGUUUAAAAGGAGGCAAUCGAAGAAAGGGGGCCCAGACAGCAACUCUGAUAUCGGCUUUGACUCGUUCAAAUGUGGAUCCAAGGGUGCUGUCUAAUGCUGGCUGGGGUCAGACUCCUGUACGACAGAACACUGCCUGGGAUGUCAAUUCUGCUCCAACUCACCAACAAGUCCCAAGAGAAGAGCAGAAGCAUCCUGGUUGGGGAGCCGCACCACCAGCACCCUCGCAGACGUCUGCAGGCUGGGGCAAUGCAACCCCUGAACCAGGCUGGGGGGAGCAAAGGUCCAUGUCCACAUGGGAAAACAAAACGUCAGGAAAUGGAGGAAGCGGUCAGAGUGGCUGGGAUGAUGGCUCUAACAGCAGUAACACAUGGAACAACAGCAUGAACAAAGAAGAGGGGUCUAACAUGUGGAGCAAUGCCCCCAAGCCUGUGCAGAGCUGGAAUGGCAGUACCGGUGAAAGCUGGGGAAACAAUGGAGAAGCUUCGAGGGCAGGGGCCAGUAAUCACUGGGGGGAUCCUCCAAAAGGAGCUGGCUCUAUGGGCUGGGAGAGCGACAGUGACCGCUCUGGCUCUGGGUGCUGGAGUGAGCCAGGUCGAAACAACGCCAGCAGCAGUAACACCUGGGGCGGGAGUGGAGGAUCUAACACCCCAGACCACAGCACUCCCAACCCUGGCUCCAACUGGGGUGAACCUGUCCACAAACCCAGUCCUAUGAGUAAACAUCAAGGCUGGGGAGAACCUAUGAAGAACAACUCAAGCACACAGAACUGGGGAGAAACCACCUCCAAACCUCUCAACUCCUCCAACGAGUGGGGCAAGGGUCCAGAAUCCAGCACAUCUAGAGGGGGCCAAGGCACUAACAAGCCCUCAGGCUGGCUGGGUGGACCAAUGCCUGCUGUUGGUCCAAAAGAGGAAAUGGCGACAGGGUGGGAAGAGCCCUCUCCAGAAUCUGUUCGCAGAAAAAUGGAAAUUGAUGAUGGAACGGCUGCAUGGGGAGAUCCAGGUAAAUACGGUGGUGGAUCUGUGAACAUGUGGAACAAGCCUGGUCAGACGGAUCAAGAUGGUCCCUCCACUCCCAACCAGAACCACAGCGCCAUGCGCCCUCCACAGCCCAUGCAGCCCCAGGAGAAGACCUCUGGGACAGGAUGGGGUGACCCUUAUCCUCCUCAGAAGGAAUCUUCCACUUGGGGAGAGCCAGCUCCUCCUGUGCCUGUUAGUGUGGACAAUGGCACAUCUGCCUGGGGGAAGCCCAUGGACACGUCUGGGUGGGAAGACUCUGGUCGAGAUGGCAGAGAGGGCUCAGGAUGGGGAAGCCAGCAGAAGUCUGGCCCCAAACCCAUGGGGACAUGGGGAGGAGAUGAGAGCAAUACCUGGGACCAGGAAGAAGAGGUCGAGAUCGGAAUGUGGAAUGACAGCCAGCAAGACACCCGGUCACAUGACCAAAACACCUGGAACUACAAACAGAAAAACUCCAAGAUGAGUAAACCAGUUCCAAAACAAGACGAACCAUGGAUGAAGCCCUUUGUCAACCAGUUCAACAGCAUGAGUUUCUCUAGAGAGUCGUCUGAAGAGCCCAUGAAGCCUGGGAUGAUGCUGGACAAACGCAUGGACAUGGGCAGCAUGGGGGACCUCAAUGGAGUCAUGGGGAAGAACCUUGGGUCUCGGCAUCCGCUUCACAAAGACCCUAUGGACCGCAGCCCUUAUUUUGACAAGAAUGUAAAAUCCUUGAUGGGUGGCAGCAGCGUAGCACAGGGCAGAGGUGGUCCUCACGCCCAGGUUCCUCCUCAACACAGCCUUCGUAACCAAGUGCCUCCACCCAUCCUACCCUCUCAGGUCCCUCCAUCUCUGUUGAAGUACCCAGGAGGCAAUGGAGGCUUGAACCCAUUGCUGGGCCCUCAGCAGGUGGCUAUGCUCAACCAGAUCUCUCAGUUCAACCAGCUGUCACAGCUUAACCAUAUCAACCACUUACAGCGCCUCCUUCUCCAGCAACAGCAGCAGCAGCAGCAGCAGCAGAAGGCUCAGACUCAGAGGGCUAUGGCUGUGGGACGGCCAUCUGAACAGGUCCGUCCAAUUGGCUCCUCUCCACUGAUGAUGCAGCCUCCACGACACUUGGAUUCCUCUUUUAUGAAACAGCCCCCACCAAUGAAGCCGUACCUGGACAAUUACUUUUCUCACAACAACCCUGACAUGCAGAAGGAUACGGCUCCUCUUGGACCCUUCGGCAACUUCCCUUUAAGUGUGAACUCAAACCUGAAUGUACCCAUGGACAUGGGUGGUAGUGGAUCCCUAAACUACAAAGAGCCGCCCCAGUCCAGACUGAAGAAGCUGUGGGCCACUGACCCUCUGGAGCAGAACAGCAAACCUGGUGCUAUGUCUUCUGGGUUGCGUCUGGAAGACUCUCCCUUCUAUGACUUCCUGUCCCCUGGCCCUUCUCCACUGAGUCCUCCUGGCCAAUCUUUAGGCUCAGUGGGUGAUAGCUGGCCCCCUCGUGCCAACUCUCCCCCGCCCCAUGGAACCACUGGCACAUGGCCACCAGAGUUUCGGCCUGGUGAGCCUUGGAAAGGUUACCCAAACAUUGACCCUCAGACUGACCCCCAUCUGACCCCUGGAAGUGUCAUCAACAAUCUUUCCAUCAACACCGUCCGCGACACAGACCACCUCAGGGACAGGAACAACGGGCCAUCCUCAUCACUGAACACCACGAUGCCUUCUAAUAGUGCCUGGCCAUCCAUUCGUGCCUCCAGCCACAGCAGCUCCCUCACCAGUACAGCACAAAGCACUUCAGCCAGACCCGCUGACUCGAAAUGGUCUCCUGGUGGUAGUUCUGUGUCCAACACCUCCCUCGCCCAUGAGCUGUGGAAGGUGCCCCUGCCUUCUAAAGGACUGUCUGUGGCAGCCCCCUCCAGACCCCCUCCUGGCCUCACCACCCAGAAGCCCAGUUCCAGCUCCUCAGGCUGGGACAGUUCUUCGCUAAGGUUGGGUGGAUGGAGCCCCACAGAGUCCAGAUUCACUCCUGGUUCCAGCUGGAGUGACAGCAGCUCAGGGAGAACCCAGUGGCUCGUUCUGAAAAAUCUCACACCUCAGAUUGAUGGCUCUACCCUGAAGACCUUGUGCAUGCAGCAUGGCCCAUUAGACACAUUCCACCUCAAUCUGCCACAUGGGAACGCCGUGGUCUGUUACCGCUCCAAGGAGGAGGCUGCCAAGGCUCAGAAGAGCUUGCACAUGUGUGUUUUGGGGAACACCACCAUCCUGGCUGACAUAGCCACAGAGGAGGAAAUCAAAGGUUUCUUUGCACAAGGGCAGACACUGGCCACUCCCUCCUCUGGUUGGCAGGCCAUUGGCUCCUCUCAGAGCCGAAUGGAGCAGUCUCACCCCUUUCCCAGCCGUGCAGUUGAACCAAACCAGUGGAACAGCAGCGAUCUCCACAGCACCUCCCUCUGGGGAGGGCCCAAUUAUUCCAGUGGCCUGUGGGGCAGCGCCUCUGGCACCGAGGCUGGAAGGAUGAGCAGUCCUUCUCCAAUCAGCUCCUUCCUCCCGGUGGAUCACCUCACAGGUGCUGGGGAUUCCAUGUGAACCAUCUGUCAAUCAAACCAUCUGGGGGAGGGUUAGUACAAAAAUCAACUGAAGAAAAGUUCUUAAAUGUAGUUCUAAAUGCAAUGGCACUAGUUGGACUCUUACAAGAUAUUCAACAAAGCGGGGUUACCCCUGUGGAAAACAAGUUACGUUUCUCUCUGCACAUAAGUCCACUUUGUUUUAGCCCAAAAACAUAUCAGUCAAAAUACUUGAAUCAUGCAGGCCAAUUCUAUAAUGUGAAUGGAUGGAUAUUUGCUUCCAGGUAGUGCUCUUUCAGACCGAAAAAAGCUUCAAUCGAGCUCAUUAUUAUUAAUAUUAUUAUUAUAUAUUUUUGUUUCAUUUGUCAUGUUUAUUACAAUUCCAAUUCUUUAAUUUUAAAUUUUCUUUUUGUUUUAUUUUUUGCAUUCGUUUGCCGACAAUGUUGGAGUAUGAGCUUUUUAACUUUGCACUGAAUGUGUGUGUUUUUUUUUUCUUGGUAUAUAUAAUCUGCAAUAUAGAGGGAGCAGCCAGUUUUUCCAGUGUAGCUGUUUACUCAUUGAGGUCCUCACCAUAUGUAUGAACGUAUGUGUGCACACAAGUGUGUGUGGAAGUACUUGGUGUGUGUGAGUGUGUGAGUGUGUGAGUGUACGCUCCUCUCUGCCUUGGCACGCCUACCUUACUGCGAUGUUGUGGAGUUCAAGAUCAACAGAUCAGAUUAUCUGCUGAUAGUUUAAGUGACAUUAAAAAGUAUUGCACCUAUCUUGAUUUUAAAACUAAAGAACGUCGAGCUCUGCAGUGCAAAGGACUGUAGCCACAGCUGGGACUAGCAAGCCCUGUCUGCCUAAUGUAGGAGGCAGGGCCCAUCUAGCAAGCCCCUUGGCCGCUAAGUGGCAGGGGGAACAGCACUUUCAGAAUAGGCUUUCAAUGUUUUGGAGGUGCCACACCGCAACCUCUUGUUUACAAGACUUAGGAGGCGAAAAGUGUGUUCAUUCUUCAUUUUAAUGAAACAUAAAAUACAUAAACUUGUACAAAAAUAAAUAAAAUACAAAGAUAAAAAAAAAAACACAAAAUAUUUAAAAAUACAAAAAACAUAUUGAGGAUGAAGACAAUGCUUUGUAACUCUGGGAAUUCGGAUCAGUGUUUUUGGCCAUGGCGUUGGUUAUUUGAACUAUUCCUCUUUGUCUGCUAAAAUAACCAGCAGUGGUUCUCAGGAAAUUAAGCCAGUUUUCCCCCUUUGUAGUUGAACAAAACUACUACUCCUUGUAGGAAAAGAAAAUCCAACUUCUAGCACUGAAAAACCAUGUAUAGGUCUGUUUUUUCCUUCUGCCAAAUAACUGCUUUAAGCUGGAGAAGCUCAUCACAUGCUUUGAAUAUGCUGUCUACUGGAGGCUGACCACCUCCGCUCCCCUGAUCCAAGAAUCACAAGUGGGGAGUGUUUAUUGUAUGCCUGUGUGACUGUCAGUGGAAUUGUUUAGUCUUGUUGGACUUGUAAACCAUGAGAAAGGCAAAUCUAUAUCUAUGCAUACUGUAACCUCUCGUAAAGGCCUAUGAGAGGCUUUUUUUUCUCCAUAUCUCACAAUGUUUUAACAAUUUCAUUAAGUACAACAAAAAUGCUUUUUUUAUUGCUCUCAUUGCCACAAAUGUGUUCAGAGAAAUGUUAAAGUUAAAAAGUACAAAAAAAAAAAAUUGAAGAGGAUAUUUUAACAGUGCAAAAGUCGUCCACAUUUCAUUGCCUUGAUCCUAACUGUGUCCGAAGAUGCAACAAGUCAAGUGGCUUCUACCUGUUUACAAAUAGAUUAUGAUUGUAUUGUUGUACUGUUUUUUUUUUUUUUUUUUUUUUUUUUUUUUCCUUUUUGGGGGGGAGGGGGGUACUCAUCUGAAGUUCCUGAAUUGUGUUUUGAAUAAGUUCUACUGCUGGAGUGUGUGUGACUUAAUGUUGUGAAUGUAAUCCACUUUUCUUUUUUUUUUCGUGGCAAAAAAUACAAUUGUGAAUACUAGAUUUGGUUACUAUAAUGCACAAUUGUGGGAAUACCCAAAUCGUCAGAGUACAUGAACAAUAUGUCAGCAUUAGCAAAGCCAUGGACCUUAAUUAUUUCCACAUCUUUGUUAAGUGUGCACAUUUCCCUCCCCGUAACAGAAAAAUACCCAAGUUUCGAUUUCAGAAAUACUGCAGCUGUUAGCAUUUGUUGUGUUUUGUAAGUUAAAUCUUGUAAAUUAAUUUAAAUAUGUAGUGAGACAAACCCUUAAGUAUUAGCCAGAUUUGACAUUGGUGCGUGCCAGUAUUGAACUGCUCUCUACCAAAUACUUCAAUCAUACAGAAUGAAUAGUUUACUUAAUUCCAGAUUUCUUUUGCUUAAACUAUAUAUUUGUGUAAUGUUUUGUCUUGUUUUAACUAAUGUUGUCAAGUGGAACAGUCAAACUUUUUUUUUUUUUUUUUUUGAGUAACUUAGUUGACAAAUAGAACUGAGGAGCCUUGGAUUUUUGCACUUGGUUGGAUGGAUGGUUGGAUGGACAGCGUAAUGAGUUUCCAGGAGGGUUGCAAGUUGUGCGUUUGUGCGAUUGUGUGAGUGCGUGUGUGUGUUGUGACAGGGUAAAGCGUGUCCAUUGACAGUGUUUUCCAUGACUGUGAGAUGUAGUUGGUGCUCAGUUGGUCCCAUUUUAGGUUUACUUCCUGUUUACGGACCGGCCAGUCAGCAGUGACCUUGUGCUUGAACCAGGUCAGAAUGUAGCUGCAAACGGUUAAUCGAUUUUACUUAGCCUUGAUCAGCCUCAGUAUAAGAAGAAAAAAAAAACAUUAGAUAAAGCAACUACUGCUGAAUGUUGCAAUUUUAAGUAUUCAACUACUGUAUUAUGCCAGAUUGCUUGUGGCCUGAGCGUGACUGAAUAAGGGGAUGGUUGCUGUUGACUCGCAGGUUUUUUUUUUUUUUUUUUUAAGGUGAUUGGCUGCUUUAUCCUGGCUUUUCAGGGACUUACACUAGUUUGCUAGCUUCAGGCCUCCUUUUCCAAAACCCUAAGCUAACUACUGAAGAGGAGCCGAAAAACUGACAGGGUUAAGUUCACCUGUAAAGUCAAUAUUCCUCUUCAGCGCUCACUUAAAUAAUAGUUCACUUUAUUCGUUGGGGUUCUGGCAGUACAUAUCUUAAGGCACAGAUCUGGGUGCCUGUUUUGGCCUCAUUCUUAGAAGCAUUAGUGGGCUGACAGUGCCCAGGCCAGGCGCUCAGGAGGCAGUGUUGGUCUUGUGUAGGAGAAGGGACAAAGACAUCGAACACACCUGUGAGACACUUUGAUGUUACUGUUCAUGUUCCCAGGAUGUUUGUUUUCUCCAAUCUACUUUGUGUGUGUUUGUGGAAGAAUCAGCUGUGUGUGUGUGUGCGUUUGUGUGAAUGCGGAACAUAUGCCAAAUCAAGGAGUGAAGGUGACAGGGAAGGAAAGGGAUUGCGUUUUUCCUUGUUGUUUAUGUGCGUGUUUCUGUAUUUAAAAAGCUGGACAAUGCUAAUGCUUGAAGAAAUAUGUAAUUUGCGAAAGGAUGGUGAGAGAAAAACCACCAUGAGCAAUGUACAAUCCCCAGGGCUGCCAAGCAGCUUCCCGCCAGGGCCAGAAGAGGGGAGGCAGGAGGGUACAGGGAAGCUGACUGGUGACACUCUACUACUUUGAAUAUUUAAGAAAAAUGUGACUUUUUCCUCUAAACUUUCCUGUGAGCAUAUUGUAUCAUUACUUGUACACCUGACUGCUCCUACUGUUGAACAAAAGUGCUAAGGCUUUUUUUUACUUUACACACAAAAAGAAAAAAAAAAAUCACAAAACCACAAAAAUAAUAGAAAAACUGUGAUAAUCUGCUGUUUUUAAUUUCACAUUUAGUGUAUAUAUACACACAAACCCUGAAAAGCUUUAGUCUAACCAGCACAAAGAUUUGGGUGGUGUGGGUGGGACUUUGGGGUGGUAAAGAUGGGGGUGGGGUUGCUCAGAGAGACUAUGCAGUGGAGUGUUAAACCCAAGAUUCCAUAUCUACCUUGGGUUUUGCUUUCUUGUCUCAAAAUAUUUCCCCAUAAAUUUGAGAAAGCAGUUGGAAAUCCCAACAAUAUUCCUCAAACAUGUGCCAUUAUUGAAUCGUGCUACUAGUACCACAACUAAUAAUGAAAAACCUUUAUUACUUAGCAGCCAUUGGGCCAGUUGUAGCAGAGGUGAAGGAGAGGUUAGGUUUAUUUCUUUACUUUCACAGCUUGUCUUCUCCAUGUCGAGAGGAAUGAGGCCGGUGAAACUGCAGAUUUUACACAAGUACACUUUUAUAGAGAUUCUAUUAACUCUGUGUGUAGUUUGAUCACCUGUAAACCUAUUAUGCACAUAGCUUUGGGAGACUGUUGAAACUAUAUAAUAUAUAUGAAUAUAAACAUAUGUCUAUAAUCCAUGAAAGGAAGUUUUUCCUGUAAACGGAAACACUUUUUUUUAAUUUUCAAAUGUCUUCCUGGGGUCAUCAUCGGAUUUUAUCUUAAACUUUAGGGGAACUGCACUUUUUGAAGGACAAUCUUAUUUGUAUGGGUAUAAAUUUGACAAAUUAAGAAGUGACAUAUUACAAGGUAUAGAAAACCAACUCCAGUGUGCUCCAAUAAUGAAUGUCUACUCUGAUGCUGUCUGUAUGUGUUUGGUUCAUUUAACUUUUUAUUCUUUUGUUGCUUGGUUUGUUCUGUAUUUUUCUUUUCUGAUUUUAGUGCUCUUAAGAGAAUCUGUACUAAGGUGUAGACUAGUAGGUUGUAGGUCUUCUGUUGACUGUACUCUGUACACUGAUUACUGUUUGUAACCCUCUGGCUCCCACAGCCAGCAUACAAAGCUGUAUAACCUGGGUACAACCCUCAAUAAAAGACUAACAAUUAUACAAA